CAUUCCAGUGCACAAGCCGAGCGAAGCAGACGGUCCCUCGCGCAGCAGCCACGGCUUCUCAACACAUUUCGCUCAGGGAAUAAAAUAUCCGCUCCGACCGACGCGGCUGUGUCUCCCUCCAGGAACUAUUCACCUCGGACCGUGGACGCAUGUGAGAGCGCACAGCUUGCCGGAGCUGGGACGGUACACCAUGGUUCUGACACAAGUGCGGCUGCUCCUCUGACCGCAGAAAAGAAACGAAAAAAAAAAAAAAAAAACUCUUUGGAUCUCAUCGAGAAGGCUGUAAUUUAUUUUUUUCCCCCUUCCUCGUUGACUCCCAUCGCAAAGUAUUGCAGGGAAUAUUCUCCUGGAUGGUGAGCACCCCGCACUGGACUACCUGCUUUCAGCCAAUUCGCUCCAUGCGAGGGGAAGGGACUGGAGGACUUGCGCCCGCCGCCUUCCCUCUGGUUUACUAACGCACGUUUGGAGACCAGUGACAGGGGCGGACGGUCUGUUGGAUCCACGCGUUUCCCACCACCGCGGUCAUCUUUCCUCUCUGAACUCUCCCCUCAACGUGUGUGUUGCUGAAUGGGGGUAACUCUGGUGCUGGAGGCUUGACGCAGCUGGGACAGGGACUGGACUGGGUUGCGUGGAGCGUCGGAUCCCCCAGGAUUGUAUUCCCCCUGCUGCCCCCUCACUCACUCUCUCUGCCGAGGGUCUAUUUACAUGUCCGACCUGACUGCUUUAUGACAAUGGAUUACUUUCUGCUUUUAUGCAGCCUCUUGCUGCCCAUGGUGUCCGCCGUAGAAGAGACGCUGAUGGACACGAAGUGGGCCACCACAGAAUUAGCCUGGACUGCACACCCUGAGACUGGGUGGGAAGAAGUAAGUGGCUAUGAUGAUGCCAUGAACCCCAUCAGGACGUACCAAGUGUGCAAUGUACGUGAGGCGAACCAGAAUAACUGGCUACGCAGUGACUUCAUCCCCCGGAAGGAUGUGCUGCGUGUGUAUGUCGAGAUGAAGUUCACCGUGCGUGAUUGCAACAGCAUCCCCAACAUCCCCGGCUCCUGCAAAGAGACCUUCAACCUCUUCUACUAUGAGUCCGACUCAGACUCGGCCACAGCCACCAGCCCUUUCUGGAUGGAGAACCCUUAUGUGAAGGUGGACACUAUUGCCCCAGAUGAGAGCUUCUCCAUGCUCGAGUCAGGACGGGUAAACACUAAAAUCCGAAGUUUCGGGCCUCUGUCCAAAGCCGGGUUCUACUUGGCCUUCCAGGACCUUGGUGCUUGCAUGUCACUCAUCUCAGUGAGGGUGUUUUAUAAGAAGUGCUCCACCACAAUUGCCAACUUUGCCGUGUUCCCAGAGACGGCAACUGGGGCUGAGGCGACGUCCUUGGUCAUUGCGCCAGGAACUUGUGUCCCCAACGCCCUUGAGGUGUCCGUGCCACUGAAGCUUUACUGCAACGGUGACGGGGAGUGGAUGGUUCCUGUCGGAGCCUGCACCUGCUCAUCUGGUUUUGAACCAUCAUUAAAGGAAACCCAAUGUCAAGCUUGCAACCCUGGCACCUUCAAGUCCAAACAGGGAGACGGCUUCUGCUUGCCGUGUCCCGACCACAGCGUCGCCGGCUCGGGAGCGGCCAGCAUCUGCUCCUGUCGAAACGGUUACUACCGAUCGGACACCGACUCUCCGGACUCCCCCUGCACCACUGUCCCCUCGGCACCGCGCAGCGUCAUCUCCAUCGUGAACGAGACCUCGCUGGUGCUGGAGUGGAGCGAGCCACGCGACAUGGGCGACCGCGACGACAUCUUCUACAACGUCAUCUGCAAGAAGUGCCUGCCCGAGCGGGGGAUGUGCUCGCGGUGCGACGACAACGUGGACAUCUCGCCGCGCCACCUGGGCCUGACCCAGCGCCGCGUGGCCGUGCGGAACCUGCAGGCGCACACGCAGUACAGCUUCGAGAUCCAGGCGGUCAACGGAGUCUCCAACAAGAGCCCGUACUCGCCUCAUUUCUCCACGGUGAAUAUCACCACCAAUCAGGCCGCUCCGUCCGCAGUGCCAACAGUCCACCUGAUGGCGGCCACAGCGAGCACCAUGAGCCUGUCCUGGCUGCCUCCAGACAAGCCCAAUGGAAUCAUUCUGGAUUAUGAGAUUAAGUACCAUGAGAAGGAUCAGGGUGAGGCCAUCGCCCAUACUAUGACCGCCCAGCGGAGCAAUGCGCGCAUCGAAGGUCUCAAGGCUGGUACGCCUUAUGUGGUGCAGGUCCGUGCCCGAACUGUAGCUGGUUACGGUCGCUACAGCAGCCCGGCCGACUUCAGCACCAACUUGCAAACCGACCCUCCCAAGUCAUGGCAAGAGCAGGUGCCACUCAUCGUGGGAUCGGCCACCACUACCUUUGUCUUCAUCAUUGCAGUUGUGGUCAUCGCAAUCGUCUGCCUCAGAAAGCAGAGGAACGGCUCAGAGUCGGAGUACACAGAGAAACUGCAGCAAUACAGUAAGUCUCUUCUAACGCCGGGAAUGAAGGUCUACAUUGAUCCCUUCACCUACGAGGACCCCAAUGAAGCAGUGCGCGAGUUUGCCAAGGAGAUCGACGUGUCCUGCGUGAAGAUCGAGGAGGUCAUCGGCGCAGGAGAGUUUGGGGAAGUGUGCCGUGGUCGCCUCAAGCUGCCUGGGCGCCGGGAGAUCAUCGUAGCCAUCAAGACCCUGAAGGUGGGCUACACCGACCGCCAGAGGCGAGACUUCCUGUCCGAAGCUUCCAUCAUGGGCCAGUUCGACCACCCCAACAUCAUCCGUUUGGAAGGCGUAGUCACCAAGAGCAGGCCGGUGAUGAUCGUGACCGAGUUCAUGGAGAACGGGGCACUGGACUCAUUCCUGAGGCUCAAUGACGGGCAGUUUACGGUGAUCCAGCUGGUGGGGAUGCUGCGCGGCAUCGCAGCGGGCAUGAAGUACCUGUCGGACAUGAACUACGUGCACAGAGACUUGGCCGCCCGCAACAUCUUGGUCAACAGUAAUCUGGUGUGUAAGGUGUCCGACUUCGGCCUGUCCCGUUUCCUGGAGGACGACCCCGCAGACCCCACCUACACCAGCUCACUGGGCGGCAAGAUCCCCAUUCGCUGGACGGCUCCCGAGGCCAUCGCGUACAGGAAGUUCACCUCGGCCAGUGACGUCUGGAGCUACGGCAUCGUCAUGUGGGAGGUGAUGUCGUACGGCGAGCGGCCGUACUGGGACAUGAGCAAUCAAGAUGUGAUAAAUGCCGUUGAGCAGGACUACCGACUGCCCCCGCCCAUGGACUGCCCCACAGCGCUGCACCAGCUCAUGCUGGACUGCUGGGUGAAGGAGAGGAACCUGCGACCCAAAUUCACCCAGAUUGUGGCCACGCUGGAUAAGCUUAUCCGCAAUGCUGCCAGUCUCAAGGUGGUCACGAACAGCACACAGUCCACAGGGGUGUCCCAGCCCUUGCUUGACCGCUGCGUCCCAGACUAUACCACUUUCACCACUGUGGGGGACUGGCUGGACGCCAUCAAGAUGAGCCGCUACCGUGACAACUUCGUCAAUGCCGGAUUCGCUUCCUUUGACCUGGUGGCCCAGAUGACAGCAGAGGACCUGCUGCGGAUAGGAGUGACGCUGGCCGGCCAUCAAAAGAAGAUUCUCGGGAGCAUUCAGGACAUGAGACUACAGAUGAACCAAACACUUCCUGUGCAGGUGUGAGCGACGGGACGCACGGACCGAUGCAGUCGGAAGGACAGCCAGACAGACAGGACAAAAAAGGGGGAAGGACACUGUGGCAGAGAGAGCCAAUGGAAAACCCUAGCUGCCUGACCCACCUCUGCCAAUUAGACACAAUGAAACUGGCUUGCGGUGUCUCUGAAUCUUUUUUUUUUCUUCCGUUUUUCUGAAUCUCAUCACCACUUCCAUUCCCUCUUCCUGCUCCUUUGUUAUUCGUCAUUGCUCCUUUUUUUUGGCCAUCCAAUCAUAGUUUGUGUGUUUUUUGAAGGAGGAGCUAAGCCCCUUAUAUCCCAUGCGUGCCUCACCGGCUCUGGUGUGGGGUGACGUUUGCAUGCAUGUGUGUAUUUAGUGAAGUUGGCCUUAGCCCCGUUACUGAAACUUCCCACUCUAAACCUCCUGCAAGAGCCCCCCCCCCCCCACUGCCCUCUGACCCCCCUCAACCCAGCUCUGAUGGACGUAUUAUAUAUUAAAGAAUGAGCACCCUGCUUUGAAAUAGAAAAGGGGGGGGGGGGGGGGCAAACGUUCACACAUGAUAAAAACAAACACAGGACGUGUUUUGGACCCACAGGAGACAGCGGACAUUUCUUUCCCUGGCAGAAGUCGUUUUUACUGUGCACGUGUGCGUGUCGUUCUCCAUCUUCAUAUUGAAGGUGUGUUAUCUCAAAGGGCACCGGCUGAAGAAGGGUGAGGUGGCGGAGGAGGAGACGUGACGGGGCUGAGGUCAAGGCUCAAGAGGACGACAGAGGUCAAGAGGGUGCGGCCACGUUUUUUUCCGGGGGACACUUGUGUUGGCUCUUCAGUUUGACCUGAAGUGACUCAGGGUCGCUCGGCAGCAGCUCGGGAUCACUCGCUCAUCCAGAGUGUGUGUGUGCACCUAACAAUGUUUUUUACUUUCCUUUGUCCACACUUCACCGUUUUUCUCGCCUUCUCCCCUUUUUUCUUUGACUCUCUGACAAUUUUUUUUGGGGGGGGGGGAGAUUUGUGGUUUUAAAAUAGCCGGCCAAUCCUAAGCCCCCCCCCCCCCUCCCCACCACUGGACUAUGUGAUAAGGGGGGGGGACAUUGACUGUGGCGCUAUAUAGAAAGACCACUUGGCCUUCCGUGUGCAUUUUUGUACGUGUGCGUGUGCAUGUGUGCGUGGAUGCGUGAUCAAGUGUGCAUGGAUGUGCGGAUGUGUCGAGUUGCACACGAAUAUACUGUACAGUAUGGCUUCCGCUUUUCCCCACCGUGGAGAAUCAAAGCAUGAACUGAACCAUGACAAGGAGCAAAUAUAUCUGAAACAAUUACGCUAUAGUCUGUGGACAACUGUUAAACAUUCUUUUUUAUUGAAUCCAAAACAAUGAACUUUGGACAUACACACACACACGCAAGCAUAUAUAUAUAUAUAUACAAAAAAAUGAUAUAUAUAUAUGCAUCAUGCCGAACCAGAGGAACCAUGACAGACACCUUACUUUCUACUUACUGUUAUCUGGAUUUAGAGAUAAUCAAACUUCUUGUUUUCAUUUCUUGACAUCCUGCCCUAUGUAUUUAUUUGUACCUCGCCCGCCAACCCCCCCGCCGCCCCCCCCCCAGCACCCUCCCUCCAAUCAGAUGGUCCCUUGGCCGUCUGGGACUGUGGACUGAACAAUCAGAAGGAAGAGAAACUCCAAGAGGAUUCACCUGAUGAACAGAUGAUUAUUAAACAAAAAAAGAUAUUGCAUAUAAAUUGGAUAUUGUAUUUUUGUUGUUGUUCUAAACAGCCUGUACAUGUUUUGUAACAAAAAUACGAUAAAUAACAAAAAGAAAAAAAUGGUGUUUUGACAAAAUGGAAGUCGUCGUUGUGAAAUGAUUCAGGAGUUCGGGGGAAAACAACUGAAAGAAGAUAAGUAGGUGAAAGUCUGGACUUCGACGAUCCCAUGGUAACAACAUGUCGUCCUGCUCUCUGUCCCUCACAGUGUGAGUGUGUGUGCACAUGCAGAGUUUGUGUGUUUGUGUGUGUGCCACCCCAACUGGAUACUGAGCUUCCCCUGGUCCUUCUCAUUCUGCACAUAAAGAGCAUUUGUCUUCCAGGCACAUUUUCUUAUUCAAAUUCAAGCCUCCCAUAGACAACUCAGACGUGGUUCACCUGUGCUUUAAUUUGACUUAUUUACCAUAACCUCAGAGGGAUCCUCACUACCCAGCGUAUGUAGGACUGUUAUUAAAGCGUCGUUCGGGUGGGGGGGGGGGGCGGUGGGGAUGCUAGGAGAUGUUGCAGCUUACCUGUCAAUCAUUUCAAUGGUCCCAGACACGGAGCUCCGUCACAGGACCCCCCGCAGGUUUCGCCUCGCUGCAACACAAUCCUCGUCGGAGGACCCGGGAGCUGUCAGGAGAGAGACCUCUUGGUCUUUGUCUGUCAGGUCGAUUAACGCGGCAGCCAGUCUGGCACUGCGAGAGCAGCCCGGGAGGGAGCGCACCAACAUACGGCGGGGCUGACCUAUCAUUAUCUCUCUUCAUUUCCUGUCUGGCCUGCAAUCAUCCUGUCUCAAGCUGCUGCAUGAUUAGUACAGUGCAGGAUCAACAGCCCUGGCAUGCAGACAACCCCCGAAAAAAUCUGCAGGCCCUCAUCCUAAAUGAUAGCAGCUGCAUCGGGGGGUACUGCGUGCGCCGCCGACAGAGGAGCGGGUUGAUGGUAACGGAUUAAGCGAAUGGGGCUGCGUCACCGCUGCGAUCUUCCAGGCUCCACGUUGUGUGGGUUUGGAGCUGAUCAAUGCAAUGUGUGACUCUUAUUAGUUAGGUGUGUAAUGAUAGCGCGAUGUGAGUGUGGCCGUGCAGCGCGUCUCGCCGUGUUGCUUCAGUCAGCCACUUCUUAGACCCUUCAAAAAGCCAUUGAGAAUAUUAUGCAAAGCAGCAAAUGUGUUUGUGUCCCCAUGUUUCGAUUGUUUCCUCUCACCCCACGUGCUGAUGUGUUCACCACUCUUUUAAAAAGCCUCUCUAACCCGCAACAGUUGUAAAAACCUAAAUCAAGUCAUUUUAACAGACACACUAUGCGGGGAAAUAAGUCUCAGAUUAGUUUCUUAUUGUUUUCCUCCAAGUGUCAUUUUUGUUUUUCUUUCUGAUGCCCGGAAUUGGACGUGCACGUUAUCAACAUGAUGAGAAUGUGUUGACAGUGCCUGUUAGACGGGCACACGUGUUUUUCUUAUCAUCAUUUCGGAAGAAUUUUGUUUUUUUGCAGCAGGAUUUAGAUUGCAAAGAGCGAUAGUACACACACACACACACCCACACCCACACACACACACACACAGGGGACAAAGAAUUACUGCAAUCAGAGGCUCAAAUUAACUCUCAGGAACAAACAAUAUGGAUCCCCUCUUCCUCCUCUCAGCUCAAUCAUUGAAUCAGUUUAGUCCCACUGUGGCAACACACAGGACACAGCCGCUGACCAUAAAGUAAAGGUGUGUGUGUGUGUGUUUGUGUGUGUGUGUGUGUUGCGGCAUAUCAGAGCUAAACACAAUCAGAUGGUAGACGUGCCCACUCAUGAAAAAAUGGCAGCGCCCUGGAUUCCACGUGAACUAUUGAUGAGGUGCACGUGGUGCGCUGGGAUCUGGAGUCCUGUUCACCCAAGUCAACCAGCCGUGAGUGACGAGCUCAACUGGCACUGGGGCACAUCUGAUAAAACGAUAAAAAAUGCCGCCCACGUCAACUGCAAACAAUUAAUCAAUAAGUGGAUUCACACUUUGGAGGGAGGGUUUAAUAUUUAACAUUCUCACCGAGGAGAAGAACUCGCUCUCUUGUGUUUUUCUUUUUUCCUUUUUCUUUUUUUUUUGUUCAUCUUCCAGACUGGUGAAAUUAAGAUGGACUGCAAGGUUUGUGUGUGUGUGUGUGUGUUUGUGUGUGUGUGCUGUGUGGAAUAAAAGGAUUGUUUUUUUAUACAGGAACAUUUUGAUCAGCAGAGUCUCGGCCUUGUCAGAUGUGGUUUAUCUCUUUGUGUGCCAAUAGGAUUCAGCGUAUCCCAACAUUCCUUCCAUCUUUUCCUUUCCCUAUUUUACAUCAUCCGCAGAUCAUCCAAUAACCCCCCCCCCCCAACAUCCUCCCCGGAAAAAAAAAAAAAGGUUCAUUAGCAGCUUUUCUUUCUUCAGUUGUCUGUUUUAAAUAAAUAUACACACACUUCUGUCCUUUCUUUUUUGUCUUAUAACAAACUCGCUGCGGUCUUGGUCACUUUUGAAAAGUCCCUCUUCAUACGUGGAAGGCCAGAUGUUUCAGAGAGUACUGUACAUGUGUAGUGAAGUGGGGGAUUGGGGGGGGGGCGGGGGCGGAAUACAGCGCCAACAAAUGCAAUUGUUAGUUCCUCUUUGAAAAAGCAUUGAGAUGUAUUUAAUGGUGCAGACAUACACAAACUAAUUACUAAAAAUGAUGAUGCAUUCUUGUAGAAAUAUUUUUAAAA